GACGGCUUCCGGGUUUGGGCCUGGCGCUGCGCUGGUGGCGGCGGCGGCGGCGGCGGCGGCCGGGAGGGACACGGGAGGUGGGAGCAGGGGGUCCGGUAUGGACGUUUCGGGGCAGGAGACGGACUGGCGGAGCGCCGCCUUCCGGCAGAAGCUGGUCAGUCAAAUCGAAGAUGCCAUGAGAAAAGCUGGUGUGGCCCACAGUAAAUCCAGCAAGGAUAUGGAGAGCCAUGUAUUCCUGAAGGCCAAGACCCGGGACGAAUACCUUUCUCUUGUGGCCAGACUCAUUAUCCACUUCCGAGACAUUCAUAACAAGAAAUCUCAAGCUUCUGUCAGUGACCCUAUGAAUGCACUGCAGAGCCUGACGGGUGGACCCGCCGCCGGAGCAGCCGGAAUUGGCAUGCCUUCCCGGGGCCCAGGACAGUCCCUAGGUGGGAUGGGAGGCCUUGGUGCCAUGGGGCAGCCAAUGCCUCUCUCUGGACAGCCGCCCCCCGGCACCUCAGGGAUGGCCCCCCAUGGCAUGGCUGUUGUGUCCACGGCGACCCCACAGACCCAGCUGCAGCUCCAGCAGGUGGCGUUGCAGCAGCAGCAGCAGCAGCAGCAGCAGUUCCAGCAGCAGCAGGUGGCACUGCAGCAGCAGCAGCAGCAGCAGUUCCAGGCUCAGCAGAAUGCCAUGCAGCAGCAGUUCCAGGCGGUGGUGCAGCAGCAGCAGCAGCAGCUCCAGCAGCAGCAGCAGCAACAGCAGCACCUGCUUAAAUUGCACCAUCAAAACCAGCAACAGAUACAGCAGCAGCAGCAGCUGCAGAGGAUGGCACAGUUGCAGCUGCAGCAGCAGCAGCAGCAGGCUUUGCAAGCCCAGCCGCCAAUGCAGCAGCCACCAAUGCAGCAGCCACAGCCUCCCCCCGCCCAGGCCCUGCCCCAGCAGCUGCAGCAGAUGCAUCACCCACAGCACCACCAGCCACAGCCCCAGCCUCAGCAGCCACCAGCGGCUCAGAACCAGCCGUCACAGCUCCCGCCACAGUCACAGACUCAGCCUCUGGUGUCGCAGGCUCCGGCCCUCUCCGGACAGAUGCUCUACCCCCAGCCUCCGCUGAAGCUUGUCCGAGCUCCGAUGGUGGUGCAGCAGCCCCAGCAGCCACCGGUGCAGCAGCAGACCGCGCCGACAGCUCAGGCCCCCCAGAUAGUGGGUUCUGGAGUCCAGAUGAUCGCCGAAGCCUUGGCCCAAGGCGGGAUGCAAGUAAGAGCCCGGUUCCCGCCCACCACUGCUGUGUCUGCCGUCCAGCCAAGCUCCAUCCCUUUGGGCAGAGAGCCCUCGGCACAGGUCAGCCAGAACAGCCUCACCAUGCUGUCCUCGCCGUCGCCGGGCCAGCAGGUGCAGACCCCGCAGUCGAUGCCCCCUCCCCCACAGCCGUCCCCGCAGCCCGGCCAGCCCAGCUCUCAGCCCAACUCCAACGUCAGCUCCGGCCCUGCCCCAUCCCCCAGUAGCUUCCUGCCCAGCCCCUCACCACAGCCCUCCCAGAGUCCAGUGACAGCGCGCACCCCGCAGAACUUCAGUGUCCCCUCCCCGGGACCUUUAAACACCCCUGUGAACCCCAGCUCAGUCAUGAGCCCGGCGGGCUCCAGCCAGGCCGAGGAGCAGCAGUACCUGGACAAGCUGAAGCAGCUGUCCAAGUACAUCGAGCCCCUCCGCCGCAUGAUCAACAAGAUCGACAAGAACGAAGACAGGAAGAAGGACCUGAGUAAGAUGAAGAGCCUCCUGGACAUCCUGACUGACCCCUCCAAGAGGUGCCCCCUGAAAACUCUGCAGAAGUGUGAGAUUGCCCUGGAGAAACUCAAGAAUGACAUGGCGGUGCCCACGCCCCCGCCACCCCCGGUGCCACCAACCAAGCAGCAGUACCUGUGCCAGCCGCUCCUGGACGCCGUCCUGGCCAACAUCCGCUCGCCCGUCUUCAACCAUUCCCUGUACCGCACGUUCGUGCCAGCCAUGACGGCCAUCCAUGGCCCGCCCAUCACGGCCCCGGUGGUGUGCGCCCGGAAGCGGAAGCUUGAAGAGGACGAGCGGCAGAGCAUCCCCAACGUGCUCCAGGGGGAGGUGGCCAGAUUAGACCCCAAGUUCCUGGUGAACUUGGACCCCUCUCACUGCAGUAACAACGGCACCGUCCACCUGAUAUGCAAGCUGGAUGACAAGGACCUCCCGAGCGUGCCGCCGCUGGAGCUCAGUGUGCCCGCCGACUACCCCGCCCAGAGCCCGCUGUGGAUCGACCGGCAGUGGCAGUACGACGCCAACCCCUUCCUGCAGUCGGUGCACCGAUGCAUGACCUCCAGGCUGCUGCAGCUUCCCGACAAGCACUCAGUGACAGCCCUGCUCAACACCUGGGCGGAGAGCAUCCACCAGGCCUGCCUCUCGGCCGCCUAGCAGCUGCCAGCCCACCAGGGACCACGGGUCAGCUGGCAGCCUCGUUGGGGCCACAGACACACACCUUGUGUCGGACCUUUCUAGGUGUUGGCUCCCCUAGAGAGCCUGGGCUUAGGUUAGCUUUCCUGCUUUUAUCUU